CUCAAAGUCGUGCCUGAGAGGAAGCUGAAUAUCAGCCUCUAAGAGAUGACCACGAACUUUUGCAAAAUCUUGAUGAUGGUGAUUACGCUCAGGUAGAAAGGAUAACAAAAAAGGAACCUGAAGAUUCGGGUGACGCAGGCCUGGCGUUAAGCAAAUUGAUGCGAUUUAAAUUUUAAUCAUGGAGGGUCGCGUGACGGUUAAGCUGGCAAUUUUUACGUGCCAUCCAAUUCGAGUCAUGGCGCUCGGAUACUAUUUCCUUCUGCAAAGAUUUUUCCUUUUCUUUGUUUUUGCUUCCGCCCCGGACCUCUCUCUCUCUCUCUCCCACCUUACCCAAGCAUUCGCGUCAGUAUAGGAGUUCAAUUCAGACUCGUCCCCGACCUUUUGCCACAACUAUCUAGUGGUGGAGAGCAGGCCGCAGAGGUGGUGGGCCUCGUCGCUCCGUAAUCCGUUACCUCGCCUCUCGAAUAAAACGCCAUCCACUUCCUGCCACUCGUUUAGUUUCGCUCCCUCUGUAAUGCUGAGGGGGAUCGAACAUCGCCUGCUCCAGUCCAACCCAUGGCAUUGGCGGGUGAACUUCUGCAGCGCGCCCUUCCCUUCCUUCCACUUGACACCAUCGUAAAACAUGGAACGGUCCUUCUCCCCCAACCAUUUCGCACGUCAUUCCACGCAACUUCGCGUCUGUUCCGACGGCGUUUCCCUCGAACUCGUCACGGGAUCUGCCGUGCUGAAGCCGUAGGUAUCGGAUUGCCGACUGCCCUGAACUCGCCGGAAACGCAGGCGGAAGAGCGUUCCCUGCUCCUAGAUGUUAGCGGGAUGAUGUGCGGUGCCUGUGUCGCUAGGGUCAAGUCCAUCCUCCUCGCUGAUGAUCGCGUCGAUUCGGCGGCAGUCAACCUGGUUACUGAAACCGUGGCCGUUAGGCUGAGCUCGGAUGUCCCGGUGAGCGCUGCGGAGGAUCUUGCACGUAAGCUCACUGAUUGUGGAUUUCCCGCAAAGCGAAGGAACUCGAGGCAAGGGGUUGCGGAUAACAUCAAGAAAUGGAAGGACAUGUUUGAGAGGAAGGAGAAGUUGCUCGCUAGGAGCGGGAACAGGGUUGCCAUCGCCUGGACCUUGGUUGCCCUGUGUUGCGGAGGGCACGCUUCUCAUUUACUGCACUCGUUCGGAAUUCAUCUAGCACACGGGCCAAUCUGGGAUAUCUUGCAGAAUUCUUAUGUGAAAUGCUGCACUGCGUUGGUUGCCUUGUUUGGACCAGGAAGAGAUCUGCUUGCAGAUGGUGCAAAUGCAUUUUCGAAAGGAUCUCCUAACAUGAACUCUCUUGUUGGUUUUGGAUGUAUGGCUGCAUUUGCUAUAAGUUUGGUGUCCUUGCUGAACCCUGGGCUUGAAUGGGAUGCCAGCUUCUUUGACGAACCGGUCAUGCUUCUUGGUUUUGUGCUUCUUGGGCGUUCGUUGGAAGAAAGGGCAAGACUUAGAGCAUCUAGUGAUAUGAACCAACUGCUGUCAUUAGUCUCUUCUCAAUCACGUUUGGUAGUUACAUCUUCUGAGAAUGGCAUAUCAGAUGAAAAUGCAGUAUGUGCUGAUGCAAUUACUGUUGAAGUUUCGACGGAUGAUAUCAGAGUUGGAGAUUCAAUCUUAGUUUUUCCAGGAGAGACUGUUCCUGUGGAUGGGAGAGUCGUUGCAGGGAGCAGUUGUGUGGAUGAAUCAAUGCUCACUGGAGAAUCACUUCCUGUAUUUAAGGAAAAAGGCCACGUUGUUUCAGCUGGAACUAUUAACUGGGAUGGCCCGUUGAGGAUUCAGGCAUCUUCCACUGGUUCUAUGUCAACAAUUUCCAAAAUUGUUCGUUUGGUUGAGGAUGCACAAAGUAAUGAGGCUCCCAUCCAAAGAAUUGCAGAUUCAAUUGCUGGGUCAUUUGUAUACAGUGUGAUGACGUUAUCUGCAGCAACCUUUGCAUUCUGGUAUUAUAUUGGAACUGACAUUUUCCCUGAGGUACUUCUCAAUGACAUUUCAGGGCCAGAGGGAAGCCCGUUACUUCUGAGCUUGAAGCUGGCUGUGAAUGUAUUAGUGGUUUCUUGCCCCUGUGCUCUAGGGCUUGCUACACCAACUGCGAUCCUUGUUGGCACAUCUCUUGGUGCUAGACAAGGACUUGUUUUGAGAGGUGGAGAUGCAUUGGAACGAUUGGCUAGUGUAAAUGUCUUUGCCUUUGACAAGACAGGUACCCUGACUGAAGGGAAGCCAGCUGUCACUGAUGUGGUUUCUGUAGUUCGCAAAGAAUCAGAGGUUCUUCAGCUUGCUGCAGCAGUGGAGAAAGCAGCAUCACAUCCCAUUGCAAAGGCUAUCUUAAGCAAGGCAGAAUCCCUUAAUUUGGAAAUUCCUAGCACAAGUGGGCAAUUAACGGAGCCUGGUUAUGGAUGCUUGGCAGAAGUUGAUGGCUCUCUAGUUGCAGUUGGUGCAAAGCAGUGGGUUUAUGCACGCUUCAAGCAAUGGGCAAGACAAUCUGAUCUAGCAGAUCUGGACAAUUGCUUGAGAAAUAGGUUACAAACUGGUGACUCACCUUCAAGUAAUUCAGAAUCCAUUGUUUAUGUUGGGUGCGAGGGGGAAGGAGUGAUAGGUGCAAUAACAGUGUCAGAUACAUUACGCACUGAUGCAAAAUCUACUAUAUACAGGAUUCAGCAAUAUGGAGUCAAAACAAUGCUGUUAUCUGGUGACAGGGAAGAGGCAGUGGAAAGUAUAGCUAAAGUGAUUGGAGUAGAAUAUGUUAAUGCCUGUUUGAAUCCACAAGAAAAAGCGAGAUUUAUCUCAAACUUGCAAAAUCAAGGGAAUUGUGUUGCCAUGGUUGGUGACGGCAUAAAUGAUGCACCUUCUUUGGCUCUUGCUGAUGUUGGAAUAGCCUUACAAAAUGCAAAAGAAAAUGCUGCGUCAGAUGCAGCAUCGGUAAUCUUAUUGGGCAACAAGCUAUCACAGAUUGUAGAUGCAUUUGAUCUUGCGCGUGCAACAAUGCAGAAAGUACACCAGAAUUUAGCAUGGGCUGUUGCAUAUAACAUCAUUGUCAUUCCCAUUGCUGCUGGGAUGCUGCUUCCUUCUUUCGAUUGUGCAAUGACCCCAUCUUUAUCUGGAGGCUUGAUGGCAUUGAGUUCUGUCUUAGUUGUUACAAACUCCCUACUGUUACAGUUCGAUGGAUCUCUAACAAGGAAGUUACAGAGUGGUAGUCCACCAAAAGGUCAGAGGCCUUUGGGGCUGAACGUGAGAGGCACAGUCCUAAGGUGAGAUUACUCGAAAUCUCUUGCUUGCAGUCGGAAGAAGCCAAACAGACGUGAGACUACAACCUACAGAUUCAGUACGAAAUCAGUGAGCGGCUGAUAUGGUGUUGAGGUCUUCUGAUUUAUUGUUUCGGCGUACCCCAUUAUUGUUCUCUUCCGCGUCCUCUUUUUGGUGACGAUUCGAGGAAGGAUGGUUUGAAGACAACGUCUUCGUGCAUUGGAACUUUUUUUUUUUUUCAAAUAUUAAUCAGACUUGUUAAGUGAUAACUGAAAACGGUGAUAUAUUGCCGGAAACUGCUUUGAGAAACUGCUUCACCAUCUAUACAAGAACAGAUCACUCCUUUUUAACCCUUUA